UGACAAAGUGAAUACUCUUUGGUAUGUGUGGUGGUGAUAUUCCGUGCUAAAUUAUUGGUGAUUGAUUUCAAAACGCGAAUAAAAUUGUCGAUUUCUAAAGUUUCUCAAUUUGUUAGUAAAAAGCAAUAGCAAAAUUAACGAAUCACCUAUAUAAACAAAAAGUGGCAAAACAAAUUUCCACAACUAGGCGUUUUCGUUUCGUUUCCAUUCAAUCCUUUUGUCAGCGCGUGGUCGUGAAUAAAGUUGGAAAAAUGACUCAAGCUCGUCUCGCAUCCUGUAUACCUCUGCCCCUGGAGCACAAGUUACUUGUUUCAGUUAUAGAGAAGGCCAAGGACUGGGCAUUGAUGCACGGCGUUGGUAUGAGGGAUAGGAAAAACUUCACGAAAGAUUCCAUUCAGAUUGCACCAUUUGUUUUGCUUCCAUCUCCGUUCCCACGCACUGAGUUCACUAAAGCAGUGGAAUUACAACCUGUAUUGAAUGAACUUAUGCACAAGGUUGCACACGAUGACGAAUUUUUGACAUGCACUCUGGAGAAUGCUUUACAAGUUGACGAAUUCACAGCAAACCUUUUUGACAUAUGGGUCAAAGUAAGAGACGAAGGAAUGGCUCAGCCGAUCUCGCUAGGGAUGCUGAGGUCAGACAUCAUGCUGGAGUCGCGAUGCCCGCACACGGAGAACCAGUGCGCGAAGCACACUCCGUACUGCUCGUGGAAGCAGGUGGAGAUCAACAGUAUAGCGUCCGGCUUUGGCCACCUGGGGCCUAAUCUCAGUCUCGGGCUGUUCCGAUCAGACUACCUGAUGCAAAACCCUGACGGCAAUAGUAUCAAACAAGUGGAAUUCAACACGGUUGCGUCCAGUUUUGGCGCGCUCGCUGCGUACCUGCCCGACAUGACUCGUUACAUCCUUCGGCAGUUAGGUCAACCUGAACUCAUCAAGAAUAUGCCCGCGAACCUUGCCCUGUCCGGUCUGUGUUCGGGCAUAACGGAAGCCUAUGACCUAUUCGGAGUGCCUCGCGCCGUCAUUCUAUUCGUUGUGGAGGAGGUCUCCUACAACAUCUGCGACCAGAGGUUCCACGAGUUCGAGAUCUCCGAGAAACGACCUGAAAUUAUGAUUUAUCGGAGGACGCUAACCGAAAUCUACGAUGAAACAACACUCAACGACAAAAAGCAGUUGAUUCUAGACGGACACCCAGUGGCGGUGGUGUACUACAGAUCAGGUUACGAGCCUGCGCAGUAUCCUUCCGCCAAGGAGUGGGACGCGAGGCUGCGUGUCGAGCGAUCCACAGCAAUAAAAUGCCCCUCCAUUCACUACCAGCUGGCUGGAACGAAGAAGGUGCAGCAGGCGUUAGCAGCACCUGGAGUUCUGGAGAAGUUCAUGGGUGCUGGAGCGGCGACCGGGAGGGUCAGGGACAUCUUCACAGGCCUUUACUCUCUUGACUUUGAUGAGAACGGAGAACGGGCUGUGGAUAUGGCUUUGGCGGAUGCUGAGAGAUUUGUACUGAAGCCUCAGCGUGAAGGCGGGGGCAACAAUCUGUACGGGUCCGACGUGCGCGAGGCGUUACUGCGCAUGCGACAUAGUCGGGAAAGAGCUGCCUACAUCCUCAUGGAGAGGAUAUUACCGCCUCUGGUGGCCGGGUACGUGGUCCGGCCCGGAGCGGCGGUGCCGCCUCCACUCACGGACUUAGUAUCAGAGUUGGGCAUCUUUGGAGUCAUUAUCGGUACGAAGGACAAGAUCUACUGCAACCGCCAAGCGGGCCACAUGCUGCGCACCAAACUCGCGGACGCGAACGAGGGCGGCGUGGCCGCGGGGCUCGGCGCGCUCGACUCGCCCUACCUCCUCGACCUGUAGCACACACCCACCCCACCACACCACA